GCCACAGCUGGGGAGCUGCGAUCGACAGGUGAAUUGGGCAAGGCUGGAUUAAACAUUAAUGCAGCUGUCACCACUGCCCAGAGGAGAAAGGGCCCCAGAGCCAAGCUACAGAGCUGUCUGGUGACCUCGGAACAAGGAGGUAGUAACCAGCAGACAUGGCUGAAUUUUCCCAAGUCCUGACCGAAAUAGGCAACUUUGGACGCUUCCAGAAACAGCUGCUGAUAAUGCUGAGUAUUCCCAAUUUCCUGUCUGCCUUCAACAUGUUCUCCCAAAUCUUCAUGACCCUGGAUGAGGUCCACCACUGUUCAGUGCCCUGGGUCAAGAACCACACUUUCAACCUGAGUGCUGCUGAGCAGCUGUCACUGAGCGUGCCCCUGGAUGCAGCAGGCCGCCCCGAGUCCUGCCUCAUGUUCCGGCCACCCCCCGACAACGCCAGCCUGGAGGACAUCCUUAGCCACUGCUUCAAUGAGACACAGUCUUGUGAUUCGGGAUGGGACUAUCCUGAAAACAGGGCCCUGUCCCUACUGAAUGAGUUCAACCUGGUCUGUGGCCGGAAGUACCUGGAAAAGACCUCGCAGUCGGUAUACAUGGCGGGGCUCCUCGCCGGGACCCUCAUCUUUGGACCCCUCUGCGACAGGAUUGGUCGAAGGAUCAUAAUCCUGGUGCAGCUUUUGCUCUUUGCUCUCUUCGGCCUGGCCACAGCCUUUGUGCCCAGUUUUGAACUCUACAUGACCCUGCGCUUUGCUGUGGCCACUGCUGUGGCUGGAUACACCUUCAGCAACGUCACCCUACUUUCAGAGUGGGUAGGGCCUGCGCAGAGGACUCAGUCUGUGGUCCUGACCCACUGUUCCUUCUCCAUCGGAGAGAUGGUGCUGGCGGGACUGGCCUAUGGCGUCCGUAACUGGAGGCUCUUCCAGAUCUCCUGCACAGCACCUGUCUUGCUGCUCUUCUUUUACUUUUGGGCUCUGCCAGAAUCUGCACGGUGGCUUCUGACCCAGGGGAGGAUAGAGGAGGCUAAGAAAGUGAUUCAGAAGGCGGCUUUGGUCAACAAGCGCAAACUCUCCCCAGAGCUCCUGAACCAGCUGGUUCCAGAGAAGACAGGCCCCAGGGGGAAUGCCCUGGAUCUUUUCAGACAUCCCCAGCUCCGGAAGAUCACCCUCAUCCUCUUCUGUGUCUGGUUUGUGGACAGUCUAGGGUACUUUGGCCUGAGUCUCCAAGUGGGGGACUUUGGCCUGGACAUCUACCUGACACAGCUGAUAUUCGGGAUGGUGGAGGUGCCUGCCCGCUGCUCCAGCAUCUUCAUGAUGCAGUGGUUGGGCCGCAAGUGGAGCCAGAUGGGGACACUGAUUCUGGGUGGCCUCAUGUGCAUCAUCAUCAUCUUCAUCCCAGCAGACCUGCCCGUGGUGGUCACCGUGCUGGCCGUGGUGGGGAAGUUCGCCACAUCUGCUGGGUUUACCAUCACCUACGUGUACUCUGUUGAGCUCUUCCCCACCGUGCUCCGGCAGACAGGCAUGGGACUGGUGGGCGUCUUCUCGAGGAUCGGGGGCAUCCUCACACCGCUGGUGAUCCUGCUGGGCGAGUAUCACGUGGCCCUGCCUAGGAUCAUCUACGGCAGCCUCCCCAUUGGGGUGGGCUUGCUCUGUGCCCUGCUGCCAGAGACACGUGGCCAGAGCCUGAAGGACACCAUCGAGGACCUGGAGCAGUGGCACCCCCCACAGUCUCCGAAGUCAGCACCUUCAGAAAAUGAAGCGGAGGAUGCAGGGAGAACUUCCAGGGCAGGGGAGGCCUUCGUGAGCAGCACGUACUUCUGACGGCAACUAAGAGCUAGAGCGGCAGUAGCAGGGAGCUGCCUAAACAUUCCCCUGGAGCUGGCCGGGAUCCAUGAACAAGACCAGCCUGGCCCUGGAGGGAGCCCACCGAGACCCGGCCCAGCACCCAUUGCAGGCUGCGGAACCCAAACCAGAAGAUGGGGGACAGCACCUCCCUCCUUUCAGCCCCUCUCUCAUUCCCACGGCCAAACCCCUAGUACCCUGCUCUGGCUUAGGGUCCUGGGUGUGUUUUGGGCUUAACUUGUUCUCUGGUAGCCUCAUUAGAGACCCCCUAUAUUAGACCACACAUAUUACCCCUUAUAUUAGACCUCCAUCAUCCUCAUUCACCCCACUAAGAAUGUAGGGAGAGAACUGCAGGCCAGAUGAAGGGGAGGCAGAGUGCUUUUGGGGGGGGCAAGUGUUAUCGCUGGAGGAAUUUCUGGGUGUUUGAGGCACCAGACACAGGUGGGAUGUGCAAGAGGUCCCCUGCCCUCAAAAGUGUCAAACCCAAACCAGAACACCUAGGUAGGGCUUUUCCAAGUAUGUGCGAGUAGGAGGAGGAGAAAUGUGAGAUUGUAGGUUCUGUCCAGGCUCGUGAAAGCAAAGACUAAAGAGAAGGUUGAGGUUCUUGCUUGUGCCCAAACUGUGUGACUCGGGGCCAGCAUUGGGGGAAGACGUUGGUCCUGUUCCCUUGGGCCCCUCUCCCCUUUCACAACCUACUGCCUGUGACUCCUGUACAGCCAGCAAGCAGUUCAGGGUGAGGGGAAAGGGCGUAGGUGUUGUUACUUAGCCACCGGUCAGAGUGCUUUCCAGGUUCACACUGGCUAAUCAUCAGCCUUCCAGAAGGCCUCUAAAAGCUCUUCACAGACUGGAUUUGUGUGUUUCACAGAGACUCUGGGGAUCUCUCGUUGCUCAUUAGCAUGAGCAAUGCACUCAUCACUGACCUCUUGGGCCCUUUUCAGCGGCUGCCCCCAGCUUUGUUCUCAUAGUCUCUCCCCGGGCAACCUCGCUUCAGAAGAAAGCCCUCAUGGGCGGGGGCCCAUGGAGCAGCCUCAAGCCAGGCUACCUUGCACAGCUACUGCUUGGCCCACAAGAACACCACACAACCUCUUGCCACCAAAUGGCGGGUGGGGCAGAGGUGGGGGUGGUGCCCUCCACUGCCCUCCCCUUGUCCGGCCUUCAAAAAUCUCUCUACCUAACCUCCCACCAGACAGUGGGGUUUCAGUCUCUUCUUCCCACAGAUGUCCCCAGCCCGACAUAAAUGUUCUUUCUGAACCUCUCUCCCUCUGCUCGUCUUCUCUGGUUGUAGCCUGAAGGGAGUGGUAGGUAAGCGUUUGACUGUAAAUCCAGUGUGGGGGUGCCAGAGCCCCUCUUGAUUAGAUGGAUGUUUAUUACUCAUGGUUCUCGGCUUUGCAUGUAGGUGAAAGUUCUCUUUAGCUUCCUGCUGUGUACAUUAAUGGAGUCCUAAGCUCAACAACACACAUAUUUUUGGCACAAGGUAGCCCCAGGCUGACAAGGCCCUGUGUGACAUCUCCAGCCGAAAGCGGUUUUCUCCUCUAAGAUCGUUGUGUCCCUUUGAGGCAGAAUAUUCUUCACUCUUGGAAAGGGACUUAAAUCGGCCCUUUAUUGACCCAAGCCUAACACAUUCACUGAUGGCCUUUGGGAAGGUCUUCAGAGACUUUAAAUUUUUCUAGGGAUUGUAGACUUAGGCGAGAAAGAUUUUUCUCUUUAUGUACUAAAGUGUGCCCUAUGACUUGUUCUGGUUUACAGGUGAGAGUCUCUUAGCAGUCUCUGCUGUGGGCUCUGCAGCGGAGCCCAGGACCUCUGAGGAGAGAGGUAGACCUG